AUGGAUGGAAGUCAUGGAAGUGGAAAGCUUUCUUGUAGUAAAAGGAAAGAUCGAUUGAGCAGAUAUGGGAAUAUAUUAGAGCAAAGAGUGGAGGAAAUUAAAAAUAAGGAUAAUCUAGCAGAUGAUAUUUUACAUGCCUGCUGCUGCUUAUCUGAUAUAUAUAAUGAGAGUAGAGAUAAGUAUGGACCCUGCCACCUUAUAUAUUAUACAGUGGGGAGUGUACUAUAUGGGAAAUUAGGCAAUAGCGUUUCAUUUGAUCAAGCUAUGGAAAAAGUACAGGAACUAUUAGGAUUCAUGCUAAAUGGGGGACAGUGUAAAAUGGAACACAGUGAAAAUGGGAAAAAGCUGUUCGAAUUAAUGGAAAGUCAGUCCAGUUAUAAUUUAAGCCCAGAAGAAAUGUUGCAGGAAGGUGGAAAUCCUAAGGAAGUCCGUUGUGGGCGGUAUGUUAAAUAUUUGGAAGGAAUUGCUAAAGCAGCCCAAAUGGUAAAGGUACAUUGUAGGAAUGAGCAGAAUAUUGAGGACUGUACAGGAAUUGCUGACAUAAAUAAUACACACAGCCCUGAGUAUGUGGCACAGUUGAUAGAUACAUUAAUUUCUGAACCGCAAGCUGCAGGAAUUACAGAGAAGGAGCAACAAAUACUAACGGAAGUCGAUUUGGAACAAUUACCUUCCAAAAUAACGUACAAUAAAUUCGAGAAUGGAAAAGGGAACCUUGGGGAAGGGGACGACGAUAUGGAAGGUACACCUCUGUGUAAGUGGGAAACGAUGCAGACUAAGUUGAAAAAUGCUUUACAGACUGCAUUAAGCAGUUAUGUAGAUCUGCAGGAUGAUAUUGAGAACAUUGCAAAAGGCUGGUGUUACCUGACUAACAUGGAAAGCGCAAAAACAGUUGACAACCUUGCAUAUUAUGCUUUCUAUUAUUGGCUUGGGGAUAAAAUAUGGAAGGAAAGGGGGAACAGUAACUUCAUCUCAAAUGUUAUAAAAACGAUUUACGAUACACUGGAGGAGGUGUUCCCUAGUAUUACAUAUGGACGAAUAUGUACUGAUGUUAAGAAGGAAAACUUCAGACUAAUGAAAGAAGCACAUGAGUAUAUUCAGGAUCAUGAUCAAUUACAGACUCACUUGCAGGGAGCUAAGCUCCAUGAAACUCCCUGUGAUCGGGGUUAUCAUGAACACCUAGAAAACAGUUAUAAAGCUUAUGAGGAAAUAUUUAAGAAAUGUACCCAAGGAACUGGUGGUGGUGAUGCAUGUUUUAAACAAUCCCAAGGGAUAUGUAAAGAUUUCGAACACAAGAAACUGAAAGAAUUAAAAUGUACUCUAAUAAAAGAACCAGAGGCAAGCAGAGCAAGAAACCAUGCACCGUCCACUAAGGACGCAACCUCCCGAGAAACGAACACCAGCACACCCUCCCCUGGUGGAAGCACGCUCGUCCCCACUAUUAUGUCCACUGUACUUCCCAUGAUGGGAAUACCAGCAGCUGUCGCUUUCUUCCUAUAUAAAAGUGCUCAGCUGAUUAUUCAACAACAGAAGAUAAUUCUACCAUCUAUGAUAGGUCACCAGAACGAGGAAGGGUAG